GCUAAUCAUUGUAAUUAAUUGAGAUAUCUUUUGUUUAGCUUUGGAUUCAAACCAACACAGAAAGAUCAUAUCGUAAACCGGAAAAUGAGUUCGUUGAAUGGAGGUGUACCACCAGGUUUCCGGUUUCACCCAACAGACGAAGAACUUCUUCAUUACUAUUUGAAGAAGAAGAUUUCUUAUGAAAAGUUCGAGAUGGAAGUCAUAAGGGAGGUUGAUUUGAACAAGAUUGAGCCGUGGGAUUUACAAGAUAGAUGCAAAAUAGGAUCAACGCCGCAAAACGAGUGGUAUUUCUUCAGCCACAAGGAUAAGAAAUAUCCAACGGGUUCAAGGACGAACCGUGCGACUCACUCAGGUUUCUGGAAGGCGACGGGACGUGACAAAUGCAUAAGAAACUGUUACAAGAAGAUAGGCAUGAGGAAGACUCUUGUCUUCUACAAAGGAAGAGCUCCUCAUGGCCAAAAGACCGAUUGGAUCAUGCACGAGUACCGUAUUGAGGAUACUAAUGAUGAACCUAGUGUACGUAUCUCUUAUCAUUACUUCACAAAAUGUGAAGAUGGAUGGGUUGUAUGUAGAGUGUUCACGAAGAAAAAUCUAUUCAAAGUAGGGAAUGAUGCAAGCUCAAACAACCCUAGGCUUGAAGCUCGUAGCUUCGGCCGCAAGUUAAGCCCUUACCACGGGAACACAGCUUCCUUUGAGCUUAACAAGCCUGGAGAGAUUGGUCUUCAUCAAUACCAACCACCAAUAAUGUUUCAGUCUCAAGCUAUAUUGACUUCCUCUCAUCACAAUAAGGCUCUUUCAAUUGGCUAUGACUACUCCUUGGCUCUUCUUCCAAGAGAAAGCGAGAGUGAUCAGGGGUUUCAUCAGUACCAGCAAGCGUGUGAGCCAUCAAGUGUUGAGGCUGUUGGCACGUGCAAAUCAGUAGGUGAAUGGGGAAUGGUGACUUGUCACAUGGGGAACCAUGAGGAUUCGUCUAGAGUUAUGAGGUUCGAAGAGGAAGGUAACAAUAACUCGUCCACGGUCCAGCCACCUUCGAAUCUACUUUCUUUGCGCGGUGAAAAUGGUUUUCUUGGGCUAUUCUAAAUAGAUGCUAUUUUUGGUUAUACAGUUAUAUCUCUCUAUAUAUGUAUUUUUGCUAUUUGAUUACAUGUUUUCCAUUUAUUUCAUUAUGUGAUUGGAAGCAAAUUGUUUCAUUGAUGAAGUUAAUAAGAAUAUCGUACAUUUUCA